UCAGGAGCCACUUGCAAAACAUCCUUCUCACAGCACUUUCCCCUUUCUGUCUUCUUCUUUCUUCUUUCAUUUCCCUAACGCUUUUACUUUCUGUUCUGUUAUUUCUUAAAUCUCAAUCGAACACUCAAAAUUCAACUCCAUCAAGCUUCCUUCUGUAUCCUCUCAGCUCAGCCAUGGCUUCGCCUGUUCAAGAAGGUGAAAUAGACUUAGAGAAAGGCUUGAUUAGUCCAGCAACCAGCCAACAUUCUUUAUUUGAGCCAUCACCAACCCCAUCUCCAUCCUCGGCAACAGCACCUGCUCUAGUGCUUUCAAAUUCUGGUAAACGAAUUGAUCAAGCAGGGAAAAAGAAAUAUGUGAAACAAGUGACGGGCAGGCACAAUGAUACGGAGCUUCACUUGGCUGCUCAAAAAGGUGAUCUUGCAGCGGUGAAGCAAAUACUUGAUGAUAUUGAUUCUCAAAUGGUUGGGAUGUUGAGUGGAGCUGAAUUUGACAGAGAGGUAGCAGAGAUUAGGGAAUCUGUCGUGAAUGAGGUGAAUGAAUUAGGGGAGACAGCAUUGUUUACAGCAGCUGAUAAGGGGCAUCUUGAAGUGGUAAAAGAAUUGUUGAAGUACUCAACUAAGGAAACUCUCACUAAGAAGAACCGAUCACUAUUUGAUCCUUUGCAUAUAGCUGCAAGUCAAGGACAUCAUGCCAUCGUGCAAGUGCUAUUGGACCAUGACCCUGAACUAAGUAAAACAGUUGGCCCUUCAAAUGCUACCCCCCUUAUAACGGCAGCAUCAAGAGGACACAUUGCUGUGGUCAAUGAAUUGCUUGUAAAGGAUUGUACCUUGGUUGAAAUUGCCAGAUCCAAUGGGAAGAAUGCAUUGCAUUUAGCUGCCAGACAAGGGCAUGUGGAAAUUGUCAAGGCCUUGCUUGAAAAAGAUCCACAACUAGCAAGAAGGACAGACAAGAAAGGGCAGACAGCAUUGCAGAUGGCUGUGAAAGGGGUUAACGUUGAGGUGGUAAAAUUGCUUCUUAAUGCUGAUGCAGCAAUUGUUAUGCUGCCAGACAAGAAUGGGAAUACAGCAUUACAUGUAGCCACCAGGAAAAAGCGUGUGAUGAUAGUGAAUGAGUUACUGCGUCUGCCUGACAUGAAUGUCAAUGCACUGACCAGAGAUCACAAAACAGCUCUUGACAUUGUUGAAGAUUUUCCCCUUUCUGAAGAAUCGACAUUGAUAAAGGAGAGCCUUUGCCGUUAUGGUGCCGUUAGGGCCAAUGAAUUGAACCAACCAAGAGAUGAGUUAAGGAACACCGUGACUCAAAUCAAGAACGAUAUCCAUAUCCAGCUGGAACAAACUAAGCGGACAAACAAAAAUGUCCAUGGAAUUGCUAAAGAGCUCAGAAAACUUCAUCGGGAAGGGAUCAACAAUGCCACAAACUCGGUGACUGUGGUUGCUGUGCUUUUUGCAACGGUUGCCUUUGCAGCUAUUUUUACUGUGCCUGGUGGAGAUCAUGAUAAUGGGAUGGCAGUGGCUGUGACCUACACUUCUUUCCAAAUUUUCUUCAUCUUCAAUGCCGUUGCACUUUUCACCUCUCUUGCUGUUGUCGUAGUUCAGAUUACAUUGGUUAGAGGCGAGACAAAGGCUGAAAGGAGAGUGAUAGAGAUUAUAAACAAGUUGAUGUGGCUGGCUUCUGUGUGUACUUCAGUAGCAUUCAUGGCCUCGUCUUAUAUAGUGGUUGGGCGCAAAUUUGAGUGGGCUGCUAUCUUGGUUACGGUUGUAGGUGGCAGUAUAAUGGCCGGGGUUCUUGGAACCAUGACAUAUUAUGUUGUGAGGUCUAGGAGAAUCAGGUCGACGAGGAAAAAAGAGAAGCACGCAAGGAGUGGCUCCAACUCAUGGCUUCCCUCUGAGUUGUCUAACUCAGAUAUUGACAGGAUUUAUGCCAUCUGAUCUGAGAAGCUCAAGAUGAAGAGGGACUUAUUGGCAACAAUUGAAGUAAAAUCAUAGGAAUUUAAGAAUGUGUUCUGUCUCAACUAAAAGUCUUAACUGUUAGUGAGGCUACACAUUUAUAUUUUAUAUAUUAUAUGCUCGAAAAUAGAGAGGGAAACAUGAAGGAUCCACCCUCCUCCUCGGCUUUUCUGAUCAAUUAGCCCAUAACAUGUUUAGCGGCUUCCUGUUUGGUGGAAUGGAGGAGAUGAUCAGUUGUUGCUUUCUGUUAACUCUUCUAAUUUCAGAGGAUUUCCUUGAGAACCUGCACCCAGGAGGCAGGAAUGAAACAUAUUGUCAGAUUAGCUAAUAUUUACUGUCAAGUUACAGACUUGGAAAAUAUGUAUAUUUUGUUUGAAAUCAUGGUCUCAUGAAUGCAAUUCUACCUUUGAAAUGAGGAUUGUGUAAAAAUUGCAAAUCCCUUAGAGUUGAACA